AUGGGCAAGUUCGACAAACCGGAGGGCAAGAAUUACAAUGGCCCUGGCUUAUUAUGGGGAGCCUUUGCGGAACCGGACUUUGGGAGUGUGGCAGAAUUCCGGCUUUGGGACUUAUUUAACUAUAGAGAGGCCAUGCUGGCUCUCCCUAUGGCUGAAGACCUGGAGGCAGACCUGAUUGAAUUGGCCGUCCAGGGAACUUGA